AUCCACUUCGUGUACUCGGGUCCGCCAUCGCAUCUCUCUCUCUCUCUACACAAGCCAAAAAAAGACCUGUAUAUUUCCCCUCAUCUGUGCCCUCCCCGCAGUCCAGUCAUUCAUUUUUCUAUUUCUCGCUCUUAGAAAACCAAAAAUAGAAGGAAAUAAAUUCCAAAAAUGUCUCACCUCACCGCACUCGUCCUCGUCCUCUUCUCCCUCACAUACCCCAUAGCCGCCCAAUUCGGCUUCUUCGACCAAAUGUUCGGCGGUGCCAAUCAUGGCGGUGGCGGUCACCACGGCGGCGGACACAAUCAUCACGGUGAAGCGCAGAACGUGCGGAGUGAUAGUAGUUGGUAUCAGGCGCAGUAUGAAGGCGCACAAUGCUCACACUAUCUCUGCCCCGGCACGCUUUCCUGCGUCCAUUUCCCGCAUCACUGCCCUUGCGCGUGGGAAAGCGUAGAAGACAAGGUGGAGCUGGGCGACGGCAUUGCGAUUUGCGGGUCUAAAGGUGGAUGGAGUGAGGGCGAGUUUGCGAAAAAGGUGGAUUUGGCUCGGAAAGGCUUGCUUUGAUUUCUUCUUUGUCAGGGAAACAACACACACACACACCUGUACACACGAUGCGAAUGGAAGGAGAAGGGGAAUGAUGAUCAAGUUUUGGGGAUUUUGAAUGGAAAUAAGAAAGAAGAAAAACGUUUGGGUACUUUUUUGAAAAAAAAAGGUAUAGAAUCCUUAUGCAAAUUACGCGACUGGGUACCAGAAAUAUAUCAUCAUAUUCACAUUUGAAGAGAAGAAGAGGGCGGUUCAUGCAAGCCAAAAAAAACAUAC